GACUCUGAUGACCCUUGCUUCGGGCAACGACAUGAACGACAUGUCACAGACGCAUGCAGAUCACGCCGAUAUCGCACCCAUGGAUGAUGAUGGGUCACCAAGCUUGUCGCAGUGGGAGCACGAAGACGAAGAAGCGGUCGAGAAUUCCCGCCAAAAUCACCAUGCGUCCGCGCCGUUCGCAGCGGCGGCCGCGACAGCCUCUGCGUACCUUGGCAACCAAACCCACACCUGGAGUGGAUUGGUAUCCGACGGAUCCCGUGCAAGGUCGGACCCGGCGAUCGCGACGGCGGCUUCUGUCCAUCCGUACGCAGCAGCUGCGGAUUUUGGUGACAUGUCCCUCUCGCCCUUGCUGCCAUCGUCGCCAUUGAUUCCAUCCUCGAUAGGAAAUUUGGAAAUGUAUGCAUCGAUGGAUGCGCUCGAACCGAUGAUGUCCGGCUCAGCGCUAAUUCUUGCCGAUCCGUCGAACGAUGCCGACAUGCAGUUCAAUGACCACGAGCAUCUGCUGUUUGCGCAAAGUCCCAGCAGAAAUGCGCAGGAUUCUCAUCUGCAAGAAGCCACCGAGAGCUCAGUAGCAUUCAGGCAAGCUCUGUCGUUCUCUCCAAGUACGAUUCUGGACACUUCAGCCGCAUUGGCGGCCGCAAACCACGUCCAAUCCUCGACUUCUCGCGCAGUUGCAACAAGUGCAAACACUCAGAUUCCCAAAGGUCCUCGAGCACGAAAAGUUUGCUACGUCGACGAGCUUGGCUCCAUCUACCAUCAAAAGUACACAAAGUACUUUCCAAAGCAAAUCGCCGAGCUUCAGCGACAAUUCCCUGCUCAAGCGCUUCCCCAUGUCGAGCCCACCAUCAAGGAGGUAUCAAUGGCGUCGCCAUUGAUUUUACAACACACGUUUGCGCAAUCAGAUUCAGGAUGCAUAUACUCGUCUUCCCUCUCGCUUGAUGGUCAACUUCUUGCUACAGCAUCGACGCUCGGCUCCAUUUGUCUUUGGGAUGCCAACACUUUGGAACAAGUGGGAGAAAUCCGCGAACGUGCGGACACUUUUAUUAUGGACUACUACGCUGUGCAUAUACUUCCGAAUCCGCGAUUUGUCGCGGCUGGCGGCAAAUGCAAGGAUCGACGACGCUGGUCGGCGAACGACAACGACAACCACAUUCUGCCAUGCGCUGUUCGCGUCUUUGACACUGUGACGUGCGAGGUGGUGGCGAUGCUGGCUGGCCAUGUAGAGGAGGUCUUGUCGGUCACGAGCGUGACUUUCAAAGGGGCAAAUUUUAUCGUGAGUACAAGCGAAGAUGGUCACAUUUGGCGUUAUCCAAUGGCCGACGACUGGAGUGCUCUUGUUGGCACUCCUUGGAGGAUGCGCGACGACUUUACUUGCAUGGCGUUCGGAGUCGUCUUCAUUCCGAAUACGGCCAACAAGUUCAUGCUGGCAGCAUGCGACGAUACUGUUCGAUUAUACGAUUUCGAGGACGGGACGUUUCGGGAGUCUGUACUCCUCGUACUGCGACUGUAUUAUUAAUGCUCCGUGCGAAGAUAUUCUGCAAGCGGCACACAACGAGUUCUUUUUUAUUACACGCGGAUGCGAGGUCUUGGAUUUAGAGAGUCAUUCUGUUGCUUCUCGCCCAAACAAGUGCAUCCUUCAUCGACUGACUCUUCCAGAGAAUGCAUCCAGUGGUUUUCGUUUCCAACCAGUGCAAGAGUUUAGCCACAGCGAAUAUCAAGCGAAUUCGUGGUUGAUGCACAUCUCCACAAAUGGCAGGUUUUUAGCCGCCCCAACUGUUACCGGUCGUGUGUUCCUGUGGAGUCUUCUUGGCGGAGGUCCUGCUUGCAUACUUGCGGAUCACUCUGAUCGCGAAGUUCGUCAAACCUUAUUCCACCCCACAAAGCCGGAGCUUUUCACCUGUGGAGAUGAUGGAAUGGUCAAGGUAUACAGCUCAGUGCCCCCGGCUUCCUUGUCUACUCGUGGAGCAAAGGCCAAAUAAACGAACGACAAGUCUCGACCAAAAUGAGCGCUCUCCCCUCUAAGAAAUGAUUGUACUCAGAGUUGGAUUGAAAACCC